AUGAUAGUAAGAGCAAAGAAUGCGAGAAAGAGUGAUUGGAAUGUUGCAAACAUUGAAGAGGUUAUAAUGUUGAAACAUUAUAGUUACGCAAGAGUCAAGAAGAUGACAAACUCAUUUGCAAAUGCCCUCGGGAAAGGAGGAUUUGGAACUGUCUAUAAAGGGAAGUUAUCAGAGGGAAACCAAGAUGUUGCAGUGAAGAUCUUGAAGGAGUCAAAGGGGAACGGGGAAGAGUUCAUAAAUGAAGUAGCUAGCAUGAGUAGAACCUCUCAUGUUAAUAUUGUUUCUUUGCUUGGAUUCUGUUACGAAAGAAACAAGAGAGCUAUAAUCUACGAGUUCAUGCCUAAUAGAUCCUUGGACAAGUUUAUUUCCGAGCAUAUGUCAGCAAAGAUGGAAUGGGAAAAGCUAUAUAAUAUUGCGUUAGGUAUCGCUCGGGGCCUAGAGUAUUUGCACAAUCGUUGUGUGUCAAGGAUUGUGCAUUUCGACAUAAAGCCACAAAAUAUACUCAUGGACAAAGAUUUUUGUCCCAAAAUUGCAGAUUUUGGUCUUGCUAAGCUCUGCAAAAAUAAAGAAAGCAUCAUAUCAAUGCUUGAUGCAAGAGGAACAGCAGGAUACAUUGCCCCUGAAGUGUUUUCCAAGAACUUUGGAGUAGUCUCGCAUAAGUCUGAUGUUUAUGGGAUGGUGGUUCUUGAGAUGAUUGGAGCAAGGAAUAUAGAAACCUUCCAACAUUCUGGAUCUAACAAUAGUUCAAUGUACUUUCCAGAUUGGAUUUAUAAGGAUUUGGAGAGGGAAGAAAUCAUGAAGAUUUUUGGAGAUCAGAUAACCGAAGAAGAAGAGAAAAUUGCUAGAAAAUUGGUAUUGGUUGGUCUAUGGUGUAUUCAGACCAAUCCAGCUCGUCGUCCAGCAAUGAUCAAAGUCAUUGAAAUGUUAGAGGGGAGUCUAGAAGCUCUCGAGUUACCACCUAAGCAUCUCUUGUGUUUAGCUGGAACAACGGUUCAAGAAACUAGUGAAGAUAGUAAUGAUGAGACUUCAGGCUUCUCUUACCCAAGUCAGUUUGAAAGAGGUACCCUCUCUGGUGAAGAUACUUUACGCAUUUCCGCAGAAUAUAUAGUUGAAUGUCCUAGCUCUUAA